GCGCCGUUCUUAAAAAUUAAAAAAUUCAAAAUUACGGCGAAAAAAUUAAUUGAUAUAAGUGCAAGAUUGUGUGACUAUGUUCAAUGACAUAGGUGACAACAGUUUAUUAUAGGAUUUAGGAACACGGCAGUGCCAUUUACCAAUCUGAGCUUAACUGUGAGUUAACUUAGCAACCACAUUGUUGAUUGUCAAAGUCAACUUAUUGUCAGAAAAAUUUGCACUUUAAUAAGAUAUUAGUUUAAAUCUUUUAAAUAUCGACGAAAAUAACCGCAAUGAGUCGUCACGAAGGGGUUAGUUGUGACUCCUGUUUAAAAGGGAACUUUAGAGGCCGCAGAUACAAAUGCUUAGUUUGCUAUGAUUAUGAUUUGUGUGCUGUUUGUUAUGAAUCUGGGGCUACCAACACAAGGCAUACUACGGAUCACCCUAUGCAAUGCAUCCUCACAAGAUCAGACUUUGACGUUUAUUAUGGAGGAGAAGCCAUAACUACUCUCGAAAUGCCCCAGUCCUAUACUUGUCCCUACUGUUCACGAAUGGGCUUCACUGAUGUAACUCUGCAAGAGCAUGUAACUGCGGAUCACCAAGAAACUACUUUUGAAGUGGUGUGUCCUUUAUGUGCUGCAAUGCCCGGGGGUGAUCCAAAUUUAAUGACUGAUGAUUUUGCUGGUCACCUAACCCUAGAACAUCGUUCAGGUCCUCGGGAUCUCAUCUCUUUUCUUGACGACUCAGGAGCGACUCGUCAUAAUGUGAGACGCAUUCCUCACACUACAGCUUCUCACUCUGGAACUGGACGAGGAGCGUCGUCCUUAAGACCACGUCGAUCUAAUAUGCAUUUUAGUUCUGGGGGAUUAUCAUCUCUAUCACCGUCUUCUCGAGAGUCCGUAGAUCCAAUUGCUGAAUUGCUGUCUCAGUUAUCUGGCGUCCGCAGAUCUGCUAGUAGUACGAGCAGCAGUACACCAACGCAGCUGCAGCAACUCCAGAUGCAGCUACAACUGGAACGACAACAAGUUAAUGCUGCAAGACAACAACUAGAACGUUUUCCUCGGCGUCAAACUCAAAGUCAGACACUAAGAGAAGCUCAUACUUCGAAUUUUGGUACAUCAACCAUUCUGCUCAACGCAUCACCUGUGUUCAUUCAACCAUCCGCCAAUGCACCAUCAGCACCAUCACAAGGACAAAAUUCACAAUUUCUUUUAUCUGGUUUACUGGAUGAAUUAUCCUUAAAUACAAGUUCUAAUGAAGAGAAGCAGGAACGUUGCGCUUUUGUCCAGGAGUUGGUACUAUCAACCUUGUCGUCCAUAUCUGGUGAAGGCAGCUCUGAUAACAAUUUCCUCCAGCUGACCCGGUCUAGCCGCAUAUCCGAGUCAGCUAGUGGUGAAGGUGCCGGUAGAACCGCCCACCGUCGAGGGGGUACUGUGUUGCGCGGCAGGGCUCGAUCAGAUAAUCAAAAUGCUAGACGAAGAGCAGAGGCUAACCGUAUGGAAGAAGGAAAAACUUCUUUGGACGGAAAUAAUACCACAUAGCUUUUGUGAAAUUUCUAAGUUAUUGUGAUGUUGUUUGGUUUUCCAUUUGUCAAAGAAAAUUCAUGUUUGGUUUGUUGUUUUUAGUUUCAAAUAAAUUAUUUUCAGAGCUUUCAUCAAAUUUGAAUUGUUUUUCUUUUUUUUAAUUUGUUUUCAUAAAUGUUGGGCUUUAGUUUUUACGCUUCCACGUUCCAGAAGCCGCAAUUUUGCAAACGCGUAUGGUUUAUAUGCCUAUGAUUUUUACCUCUCAGAUGUAGUUUGAAUUCGUAGGUAUAUUUAUAACACCAUUUAUCUGGAAAAUAAGACUUGUUAGUAUUAUAAAUAAAUAUGUUG